CGCGCGCGUGUGGCGCGCGGAGCGGCUCCCGGGUGCGGAGAGGCUUCUGAUGGCCGGGCUGGUGCGUAGCCUCGGGGCCUCACAGCCCGUCGCCCGGUUCCAACGCUACUGCGGGCUCUUCCCCGCCGCCUCCGGAGCCGCAGAGGGCGGGGCGCGUCUGGCUCAAGGGCUGGGCAACGGCAGCGGCCACCUGCCGCGGACUGGGGACCUCCGCAAUGGGGGCGCUGGCGGCGCCACCUGCAACAACAGCUCCAUCCACAGUGGGAAGGACCAUUCACAUGAGUACAUUGUAAAGAAUUACUUCUACUACUACCUGUUCUGGAUUUCAGCUGCAUUGGGCCAAGAAAUUUUCUACAUUACGUUCCUCCCAUUCAGUUACUGGAACAUUAACCCAUAUGUUACUAGAAGGCUCAUAAUUAUAUGGACGGUGGUUAUGUACAUUGGCCAAGUCUCAAAAGACCUACUAAAGUGGCCACGUCCUUGUUCACCACCUGUUGUGCAGCUUGAAAAAAGAACAACUGCAGAAUAUGGAAUGCCAUCCACCCAUGCAAUGGCAGCAACAGCCAUCUCAUUUACUUUUGUUGCUGUGACGGUGGACCAAUAUAAGUACCCCUUUGAACUAGGACUGAUGGGAGCCUUCUUAUUUUCAGCACUGGUAGGCCUCAGCAGAAUUUACACUGGAAUGCACACAGUUCUGGACGUGAUUGUUGGCAGUCUGAUUUCAGGGCUCCUGAUUGUUGUCACGUAUCCCACCUGGGAUUUCCUUGAUGGCCUGAUGCUCACCAGCCCGUGGUGCCCCAUAUUCUGCAUUGUCGUGCCCCUCCUCUUGUGCUACAACUACCCCAAACUUGAUUGGUACAGUCCUACAAGAGCAGACACCACUACAAUUCUGGCAGCUGGAGCAGGCAGCAUAAUAGGGUGUUGGAUGAGUAAUCACUACUUAGCAAAGUACUCAGCUGAAGUUGUCAGCCCUUCAGUCACUGCUGAGUCAGUCUUCACAGGACUUUUAAGGUUCUUGGUGGGUGUUGGUUUCCUAGUGGUCAUACGGCAGAUUGCUAAAAGCAUGGCACUUAGAUCACUGUGUUCUUGGUACAAGGUUUCUAUUGAUGAUCGUGUAGCCAAACAGCAAACAGAAAUUGAAGUGCCCUAUAAGUUCAUAACCUACACUUCAGUUGGCUUUAGUGCUACAGUUCUUGUCCCAUUACUGCACAAGAUCUUAGGCUUAAACUAAGUGCUGUACUACUUUAGCGGUGGGGGGGGGGGACUCAACCCACAUUGCGGGGGUGCAAUCCAAGUUGUGCAUCAGAAACAUCUCCAUCCAAAUGUGUUGUGCCUUUCUUUACUGGGGUCUAAAACAGCUAGUAUUAAAAACACAAAAGGACCUUUCUGUGCAAACAAAAUAUGCUGCAAUUUAGCAUGAAAGAAGUGGAAUAUAAGAAACUACUCCUGUUUCAGUGACUUUGGCUGCCUUUGAGCAAACCUUCGGCUGCGCAGCAACCUAGUACUCUGCCAUCCUAGAUGCUUAGCUGUCAUCCUUGUCCUAAAAUGUGAAGUUUCUCAAGCUAUACAUUAUAGCUGAUGUACUGGAAUCAAGAUGCCACCAAAUUGAUGCAUUGGAAAGUAUCCUUACAAAGGGAAUGCUCUGGGUUUUUGUAAGUGUUCCACAAGUAUUUUGUUAAUUGGAGUAAGAUGAGAGACCAAAGGAAAAAGGUAAGGAAAAGAGAGAUGCCACUGUUAAUGUCUGACCUUUGGCCUCAGCAGUUUGUUUCAUAGGGGAUGUCAGUGAAAAAUAAGCUUCUUCAGGAGGUGCAGACUUGGCAACUGUACUGCUGGCUAGAUCAUAGGAUCAUAGAGUUGGAAGGGGCCAUAGAGGCAUUCCAGUCCAAUCCCUGCUCAAUGCAGGAUCAGCCUAGAAACAUCCCUGAUAGUGAUCAUCCAGCUGCUGCUUGAACAUACCACAGAGGGGAAGCCUACACCUCCCUAGACAGCUAAUUCCACUGCUGAAAUACUCUUUAGGGGUGUUUUUCAGAUUCAGGUUUAAUAGUCUGGAAAUUUUCAAGACAGCUGAAUCCUGAACUUAGGGUUGCAGGAGCCCCUAGAGUCCACCUCCAAGUGAGCUGCCUCCAAGCUCUGACAACCCAGCAUUUUGCUGUGCAGCACUGCUACAGGUAGGGGUGAGGGCAUGCCUAAAAAAUGCCAAUGUUUUGGCAUUUUUCAGGAUCUUCUUGUCAGCUCGCUUAUGUUACUGCUAUUUAUUUCCAUCCAAAAAUAAACCCUGAAACGGUGAACUGGAUUUUUCAGGUUUAUUUUCAGUUUGGCUUUAUCUGGAUGCAUAAUCCUAUUACUCUUACUGUAAAAAAAAUUCUUUGUAAUAACCACCUGAUACCUUUCCACCUGUAAUUUAUGCACAUUAUUAUGAGUCCUAUCCUCUGCUGCCAACAGGAACAUCUCUGCCUUCCUCUAGGUGACAGCCUUUCAAAGAGAGCAGUCAUGUCCCUCACCUUUCACUUUCCAAAACUAACCAUUCUGAAGUCCCUCAGCCUUUCCUUGUAGGGUUGGGUCUCCAGGCCUCUGAUCAUUAUCAUUACUUUCCUCUGCGCCUUCUCUAUUCUGUCCACAUCCAUCUUGUAGUGACUACUCCAGGUGUGUUUUGACCAAAGCACUAUAUAGCGGGACUUGAGAUUUGGAUGUUAGGCCCCUAUUUGUACACCCCAAGACUGAAUUAGUCUUUUUUGCUGCUGUAUCACACUGACUGCUCCUAUUCAUCUUUACUGUCCACCCAUGGACUGAGAAAGGCUGAGCCUAACCAAAACACAUCUAGCAAAACAAUUUUAACACCCAAAUUCAUAUCCUAAGAACAGUCAUCCACUUACCACAGAGGUAGUGAUUAGGAUCAAAGUUGCAGUGUUCUUAACACUUCCUACUGAGAUGGUGCAAGAUAGGUUAACCUUGAUGUUCUUCUGUGGCAGGUUUUCUUGUUACUUGUUUGAGAUCAAUCCUUCUUUCAGCACACACACACACAUUAUGGAACUUUUAAAAUUCUGAAUGCUCACCUAAACUCUUACAGUGUCCUUGGGCCAAGUUGUUACAGCAGCCUUUUUUUAUUUUUAUACCAGAAAAUUUAGAUGUUCCAGCUACUGUCCAGGGUUUGGUUUUAACACUACCGUGUUUCUCCGAAAAUAAGACAGUGUCUUAUAUUAAAUUUUGCUCCCAAAGAUUAUUUUCAGGGGAUGUCUUAUUUUUCCGCUCCACAGCUGCAUGCUCUGGUGUUCUGUUC